CACCUGCGGUCGACUCCAGGGUGCAACUAUGAAGCAGUGAAGUGCCCUAAUGCCAAGUGUGGUGAGACAAUGGAGCGUGGAGUGUAUGCAGCUCAUGCAGAAGAGUGCCCGUAUCGCCUGUGCAUAUGCCAGUACUGUGGGCAUAAGGACACCUUCAAGGCAAUAACGGAAGGGGACGGCUCUCCCAAUCACUACAGUGGAUGUCCGAAAUUAACCCCAUGACCUGGCUGUCCGUACGAGUGUGGUUCAACCGACAUCAUGCGCAAGGACUUGAAAACACACUGCGACUCAACCUGCCGGCUUCGCAAUGUUCCUUGCCCGUUUGUCGAAAUGGGCUGUGGUCAUCACUCCAUUCCCCAUAAACAACUAACUUCACAUCUGUUAUGUGGCGUGCCGGGACACACGGUUGGUCUGUUGGAGUCCAAUCAGACAGUGAAGGAGACCGUGGCUGAAAUAAUGUUUCCUAUACUGCUUCGUACCAGAUGGACUUCCCUCAAGUCAGAUUCACUCUCGAUGUGCAUACGCAGCGAGUCUGUGUGUAUUAUUCCUUACUACAAGCUACGAGGUGGCCAAGAACAACACCAACAGUGUCUUCUAUGCUGUCUUUCAGACGAAUUACCUGGGAUCUAACCAAAUCCACCUCCUUUUUUAUAUUCUGAGUAACACGCCACAGGUCAUCAAAAAGAGAUGCAAAGUAACCAAGUGAUUUUUGUGCUCCUAUCCUCCCUCCCUGAUUCUAGUGGCCACGGUCACAGUAGCCACAGUAGCCACAGCGGUCACGGGCACAGCAGCUCGGGCCCAUCUCGCCACCACCACCGCCCCUCCUCGGGACGAGACACGGGGGCCAACUCCUCCUCGUCAGGCAGUCGUAGUCGUCCGUCGUCGUCGUCCCGUCCACCGGAGGACAAGGUG